GGGUCAAAUGAGAGGUGAAAAAAAAACACUUUGGCCCAAAGUACAUGAUAAUUGGAGGAUGUUAACUUCGUUCGUGUUCUAUGGAAUGAUAAAUAUGGACCUGCAAUUGGUUAAGAACUGAGAAGGUUCCAAGAAAUUAGGAAGGGCUAAGACAUGAAUGCAAACCUUGGAAAACGGGUCCCAAGAGCCGACCAGCGACAACAGCCUUGGACAGGAUAAUUUUGAGGAGUCAACAGUUGGGUACACGCAUCUGCUUUGUCCUUUGAGGUUAUUAUUGGGACACCUGUUCUACUGUUUAAGCGCCAUUAACUAACGCUUAACUACCAGCACCGAGUGGGUCUCCGUCGAGUCUCGGCUUCUCUUCCCCCCACUUGUCAUUCAACGCGUUCUGAAUCAUUAAAGGAAGCAACACACGGAAUGAAAGAUCUAUUUGUGUUCAUGGAGAUGGAUAAAUUUGUGAUUUUUUUUAUUAAUUUGGGUCUUUUUUAAAUAUAAUAUUUCAAAAUGUGGAGGAGAUUUCGGUUAUCUGGAGUGGUUUUCAAGUACUCCGUAUCAUCGGCGGUGGCGAGAGCCACAGCCACCCCUCUGCCGUCGACUGCGGCUCAUAUUAGAUGCAGGUCAAUUGUACCCUCUUUCUAUUUUUGUUCUUCUUCUGGUACUAUUGACUCUUCUAAGAAAGCCGAGGAAGAUAAAAGAGGAGGCGUCGGAGUCGGAGGAGGUAGUGAAAAUAUGACGUGUGCGGAGGUGAAAAGGUUGAUGAGGUUAGUGAAUGUAGAGUCGCUAAAGAUGAAGUUAGGGAUUGAAGGGAAAGAGAUCAUAACAUAUUCAGAUUUGAUUAAAGCUUGUGAGAGUAUGGGUGUGGCCAGAUCUCAAGAUGAAGCUGCUGCUUUUGCUCGUGUUCUUGAUGAGGCUGGUGUUGUUCUUCUCUUUCGUGACAAAGUCUACCUCCAUCCUGAUAAGGUGGUAGAGCUGGUUAAAAGAGCAAUGCCCCUGGCUCUGAUGCCUGAAGAUGACCCUGUAAGAGAAGAGCUAAAGUGCCUGCAAGAGAGGAAAGAAGAAAUUGACAUACAAGCACAUAAGCAGGUCCGACGCAUCCUCUGGUGUGGGCUUGGGUUGUCUCUGAUGCAGGUCGGACUAUUCUUUCGACUAACAUUUUGGGAAUUUUCAUGGGAUGUAAUGGAACCUAUUGCAUUUUUUGCGACCACAACCGGCAUAAUAGUAGGCUAUGCCUACUUCUUGAUCACUUCAAGAGAUCCAACGUAUCAAGACUUUAUGAAGAGGCUAUUUCUCUCCAGGCAGAGGAAAUUAUUGAAGAAGUAUAAGUUUGAUGUUGAGAGAUUCAAGGAAUUGCAGAAGAAAGUGAAGACACCAUUGGAUGCCACUGCAACUAUUAGAAAUCGAGUCGGGAUGGAAUUGGAACUUGAUGAUGCCGCCCAUAAAGACUGACUUUUUCCAUUUUGCUAUCAGUUUUGCUCUGAUUCUUCACAUCUUUUAUCAGAACCUUAUAAGGUAAACUUAUCAGUCCCUCCUGUUUUUAGUGUAGGUUGGGAAAAUAUUUACACUCCUUACUGGCAGAUAGAACGUACCUUUCAAUUUUCUGAUACUUGCCUUCUUGUAGCUUCUCGGUCCCAAGAGAUUAAUGCCACAAGAUAAAGUACCCCCAAAAGUUUUUGACUUGUCAGAUACUGAAAUUUCUUUCAGGAGAUAAUGUACAAGUGCUCAAUUACCAUUUAUGAAAAUGUCCAAUUUCUAGAAAUUGUGGCUUGUAAACAGGCAAGUUGUUCAAAAACCUGAACUUUUAGGCCAAUAGCCUUUCUGUCAUGCUUGGUUAUCAGCUCAAAAAGGUUGUAAUUGAAAGGUUUGAUGCCAUCCAAUUGCCAUGGAAAUUUGUUUGCUUA